ACAUCUUGGGUUCAGGGGGCAACUGGAGGCAAGUUAUAUCGAUGGACAACCGAACGGAAGGUCCACCUGAGCACUGGGCAAGUAACACAUUCCUUCUUACUGGUCCCAGACUGCCCUUACCCGCUCCUAGGCAGAGACCUUCUUUCAAAAGUAGGGGCCCAGAUACAUUUUCAGCAAAAAGGGGCCACUAUUACUGGCGCAGAAGGGCAGCCCCUCCAGGUACUGACCUUGCGCCUAGAGGAUGAACACCGGCUGCACGAGGACUCUCCACCGUCCGUGCAGCCCCUAGAUUCUGAAUGGCUCACUAACUACCCUCAGGCCUGGGUGGAAACGGCCGGAAUGGGACUAGCUGUAAACCAGCCGCCCAUAAUUAUAAACUUAAAACCCUCGGCCACCCCCAUAUCGAUCCGGCAAUAUUCAAUGAGCAAAGAGGCCAAAGAAGGCAUUCGGCCACAUAUACAGAGACUAUUACAAUUGGGCAUUUUAAUACCUUGCCAGUCGCCCUGGAAUACUCCUCUAUUACCCGUAAAAAAACCCGGCACAGGAGAUUACCGGCCGGUACAAGAUUUACAAGAGGUUAACUGGAGGACAGAGGACAUACAUCCCACGGUGCCGAAUCCCUACAACUUGCUCAGCACCUUACCCCCAAGCCAUGUCUGGUAUACGGUGUUAGAUCUAAAAGAUGCAUUCUUUCGCCUAAGGUUAAGCUCUCAAAGCCAGCCUAUUUUUGCCUUUGAAUGGAAAGAUCCUGAGACGGGAUUCUCAGGACAACUCACUUGGACAAGGCUGCCACAGGGAUUCAAAACCCCCACUUUGUUCGAUGAAGACUUGCAUCAGGAUUUGGCAGAUUUCCGAGUUGGCCAUCCGGACCUCGUCCUUCUGCAGUACGUGGAUGAUUUGCUCCUGGUGGCUAGGUCAGAACAGGAUUGUGUAAAAGGUACAGGGGCCCUGCUUGAGAGACUGGGAGAACUGGGGUAUAGGGCCUCCGCCAAAAAGGCCCAAAUAGGCCAGAGACAAGUGACCUAUCUGGGAUAUCUCCUGGAAGGAGGCCAGAGGUGGCUGACGGAGAGCCGCAAAAAGGCUGUAGCCCUGAUCCCAGCACCCACUAAUGCCAAAGGACUACGAGAGUUCCUUGGCAGUGCUGGGUUCUGCCGCCUCUGGAUACCCGGGUUUGCGGAGAUGGUGGCUCCCCUAUAUCCUCUCACGAAAUCCAACACCCCCUACCACUGGGGAAAGGAGCAACAAUUGGCUUUUGACAAAAUAAAAAGGGCCUUAUUGACCGCCCAUGUCCUGAGCCUCCCAGAUGUAACCAAGCCUUUUACGCUAUAUGUUGAUGAACAUAAUGGAAUAGCCAAAGGGGUCCUAACUCAAAAACUGGGACCCUGGAAAAGGCCCGUGGCAUACUUUUCAAAAAAAUUAGACAGCGUGGCUGCAGGAUGGCCCCCAUGUCUCCGAAUAAUAGCGGCUAUGGCAGUCCUGGUAAAAGACUCAGACAAGUUGACUUUCGGCCAACCCCUCACUGUGGUGGCCCCCCACACCGUAGAGACCAUCAUCCGCCAGCCCCCUGAUCGAUGGCUCUCAAACACCCGGGUCACCCAUUAUCAGGCCAUGUUACUGAAUUCUGAGCGGAUACAGUUUGGAAUGGCUACAUCUCUAAACCCGGCCACCUUGCUUCCAGAAACCGAGUCCCCCUCCCUAGUAAUGCAUGAUUGCCACCAGAUCCUAGCUGAAGUCCAUGGCACCAGAGGGGACUUGACGGACCAGCCUUUGCCAGAUGCUGAAGCAACCUGGUACACCGACGGGAGUAGCUUUCUACGAAAUGGUGAGCGUAAAGCCGGGGCAGCUGUGGUAGAUGGGAAAGCUGUCAUUUGGGCCAGUGCCUUAGAGCCUGGGACUUCAGCUCAAAGGGCAGAGCUUAUAGCCCUAACUCAGGCCCUAAGAAAGGCUAAGGACAAAAAGGUCAGCAUUUAUACUGACAGCAGAUAUGCUUUUGCAACUGCCCAUGUUCAUGGAGAAAUAUACCGUAGAAGGGGUCUCCUAACCUCAGCAGGUAAAAACAUCAAAAACAGAGAAGAAAUACAAGAUCUUCUCCAUUCCCUCUUUCUGCCGAGAAAACUGAGUAUAAUUCACUGUCCUGGGCAUCAGCGAGGCAAUGACCUAGUAGCAGAGGGGAACAGGAUGGCCGAUGAAACAGCACGGGCCGCUGCACUAGGCCCACAGGCCCUCUCCCUACAAGUACCAGAGGCUGUCCGGACACCGGGGCAACUCUCUCUCGAGUACUCAGACAGCGACCUAGAUAUCGUCCAGCAAAUAGGGGCAGAAUAUGACGAGCAAAUGAAGGUCUGGAAACACCAAGGGAAGACGGUCCUGCCCCAGAAAAGGGCCAAAGAACUGGUGACUCACCUCCACCGAUGGACUCACCUCGGACACAAAAAAUUAAAAGCACUCCUCCGGAGAGAAGGUCAGACCUAUUACAUUCCCAAACUCCCCUCCCUGAUCCAACAGGUAACCGACGCUUGUGUACCUUGUGCUAAGGUAAAUACCAAACACCUCAAGAUGCCUGAGGGAACCAGGAUGAGGGGAGAAAGACCCGGAACUAAUUGGGAAGUAGACUUCACUGAAAUCAAGCCAGGUAAAUAUGGUAACAAGUACCUCCUAGUGUUUAUAGAUACCUUUUCAGGCUGGACAGAAGCACUCCCCACCAAGCGAGAAACCGCCCAGGUGGUUGUCAAGAAAAUCCUGGAAGAAAUUUUCCCCCGGUUUGGACUGCCCAAGGUAAUAGGGUCGGACAACGGCCCCGCCUUCGUCUCCCAGGACAGGCUAAAGGCGCUCCAGAUUAUCCAGCACCAGAUCUGGAAACCCCUUGCGGCUGUCUACCGCCCCGGAGACACAACCGGCCCACACCCGUUCCAGAUCGCUGACUCCGUCUACGUCAGGAGACAUCAGUCCAGGACGCUUGAGCCCCCCUGGAAGGGCCCAUAUACUGUACUACUGACCACCCCAACCGCCUUAAAGGUAGACGGCAUUGCUGCUUGGGUCCACGCCUCACACGUCCAGCGCGCCCCAUCAACGAGCACCGCUGGCGCCAGCCAGGACGGACCGGACGAGCCACUCCAAUGGAAGCUCCACCGCACCCAAAACCCGCUCAAGAUAAGACUUUCAAAAAUUGUUCAAUGACAGUUGUUAUAUUCCUACCUCUCCUAGCGCUCUUCACCUCCGCCAAAGGUGACCCUCAUGCCCUCAAAAGGUUAACCUGGCAGUAUGACUCAAUUUUGGUGAGAAAUAAGCAUUUUGGCUGCUCCUCAAGAACAGAGCCUGUUGUCGAUGAGAACUUGGGACAGCGUGCUCUCCUCUCUGAAGACCCGCUGUCCUCUCUUCCCAAAUCCGUCUGCUCUGGCUCAGGAAGGAACACUGAGCCCAACAC